AAGUAGUUUGCUGUAAAUGGUGCAGCUCAUUUUUACACAAUUUAACACUUCCCUUCCUGCUUCUACUAUUGUCUGCUCCUGAAACUCACAGGGUUCUGCUUUUGUGUCUUUCUCUCCAUAUUUCUGUGCAAAUCCCUCGGUGACCAAGCCGGUUUAGCCGAAUCAGUGGAACAAAAAGACACCAAUGGUUUUCUAGGAGCUGAGGAGCAGCGGUGUGUUUGUGUUUACCGUACUGAAAGUAACUGAAACUUUUUGUUUUGACAACCAUCAUACUGCCUACCUCUACUCAUCUAUCUAGGUCUAUCUCUACAGUCCUGUACAUCACAUUUCAUGUUGCUGUUGAACUCCUUGAGAAAAAUGCCUGGUGUUUUGAUUUUACUCUCCACUUUGGUCUUUUCUUCAUCAGCUUACAUUUGCACAGAGCACCCGAAGAAAAUAACGACCGUUAAAGGUCAGACUACUAUUCUCCCCUGUGAAUCAGACCUGGACAGUGAAAGUUCAACAUUUAAUUGGACUAAAGAUGGCAACACUAUAGAGUCAAGCCUACGUUAUAAAAUGCAAGGUGAUUUAUUCUGGAUUUUAAACACUACAUCAUCCGACAGUGGUCUUUAUGUAUGCCGAAGCACCAACUCAACUGGUAUUACCAUGCAUGGAAGCAUGGAAUCACAGGUACUCGUGUCCAUUGAAGCUGGACCUUGUCCGAGUAUCCCAGACAUAAAACUGACCCUGGAGGGAACCAACAUCACCCUCAACUGUUCUGAAGACCUCAUUCCGGUCCUGGGGCAGAGACUGCAAGUGGAGUGGAAGAAGGACUGCGAGCCAACAGACUUACGAGGCAGUGAAAUCACUCUUUUUAAUGUUAACAUGAACAACACCGGGAACUACACCUGUCUGGUCAUCUUUAGAUACGAAGACAAAAACUACACAGCGUCUCACACCUUUCAGCUCACCGUGCUACGGAAGGAGCCUUUGAAGAAGCCAAGUGUAAUAUACCCUCGUAACAAGACACUAUAUGUCAAGCCAGGUGUGGAAACUAAACUGGAAUGCAACGUGUUAAUUGGUUUUGGAGAGGAAUUAAAAUUCGAAACCUCUGUUUACUGGCUUAUAAAUGAAUCUUUUGUUGAGACACACCCAGAGCUUCAGCAGAACCUGACCACAUAUACAAACGAUUCCUGGAUGUUUGGGAAUUCAACAUUGUUCAUCUCCAAAGUUUUGCCGGAAUUCUUUGGUGUACCUUUUACGUGCGUCAUUUUGAAUCCCAUGGGAAAUGACAUGGGGCAGGUGUGGCUCAGCCAAGCUGACAAUACCAACCAUACACUGCUGAUUACAGUUAUGCUCAUCAUAUUAACAGUCAUUGUGGGUGCUGUCCUACUGAGUUUCUUUAAAAUAGAUCUAACUCUAGCUUAUCGUCAUGUCUGCUGCAAAGAUAAGGCCUCUAAAGAGACGAGGCUAUAUGACGCAUACGUGCUGUACCUCCAUGCCAAAAGUCCUGGGUCAUCUACAGCACAGGAAUUAGCCCUGAGGACCAUACCUGAGAUUUUGGAGAAGCGACAUAACCUCAAACUCUUCAUACACGGUCGGGACCAUGACACAGAAGUAUCUGCAGGGAGUGUAACUGACGUGUUGAGCCAGAGCAAGGCGGUGAUUCUCAUCCUUCCAGGCAAUAACAAAGAAAAGAAUCUGCUUCCAAUAAGUCAAGACGAAAACAGGCUCGAAGACUCACAACUCUCUGAGCUUUUUUCGGACAUCACUCACUCCGGCGUCCCGCUCCUUCUGGUGGAGAGUGGAGAGAAUGCUGAUUAUUCGCUGCUGCCAGAGUCGAUCCAGUCCAUCAUUAAGAAGGAUAGAGUGCUGAAGUGGAAGCCAACAGUGCAACCCAAUGGUCGUUUCUGGAAGCAGCUCAGAUAUCACAUGACCUAACAACAUGUCUCUGUAGUUAAUGUCUCAUGCAUUAAUAAUACAAAAACAAAACAAGAAACCCACACAAUUAAAAUCAUUUUAUGGUAACAUACUGCACCUAGCUAACACUGUGCUUUACCUUUUCACCAUGUCAAAAUAUAUUUGAUCAUUUCAAUUAUUUAACACUGGCAUUUCCACUGUAGUGUUACACAUUAUGACCUUUCAACGGAUACCAUUAUUGUUCCUACAGUUCUUAUACUGAUCAGAAUCUAGACACUGACCAGGAACAGAGCCAUUGUAGCCCAAAAACGUAGGAAAUGUAAACAAAACGCUUCCUUAUUUCUCUUUCUAUGCACAUCUGCAAUGCUAUAGUGAACAAAAACAAAUGUCUGAGCUUCUUAUUGUUACAUUAAAUAUCUCACAGCUCUCCAAUCUCCAGUCCCUGGUUGUUAAAGGAUAGCCCCUUACUAUGGAUCACAGGUUAAAAUACAAAUAAAAUGUCUUUCUUUUAUUCUGUUUUAAUAUGGAAGGGCAUUUCUGGCAAAUGUCACUGCAAAUCAAUACACAGGUCUACUGAAUAAUUAUCCUGAUCCCAUGAUGCUGAUAAGAAUGAUCUCUUUUAGGAUGGCCAUACUGUACGUACAGCAUAAGGGCUUAAUGACUGGUUAAUAGUUAAUAUUGAUAGUUUAAAUAUAUUCAUGAAAAAUGUAUAGAAAAUAAUUUUUCCUUUUGUAUAAGAUUAAUAUCGCGCACAGUGGUUACUGUUUAGUACCUGCUGCCUCGCACCUCCAGGGUCCAGGUUCGAUUCCUGCCUCGGGGUCUGUGUGCAUAUAGUUAGCAUGUUCUCCUUAGUGGAUUUUCUCCAGGUACUCUGGUUUCCUCCUACAGUCAGAGGACCUACCACGGUCAUAAAAUGGAAAUAAAUACAAUGGUGAUCACCGUCGCCCUCCACUGUC